AUGACUGCUGUCGCAUCUCCACCUAGUGUGCAAUCGGGGUCUCGCUUGGGAUGGUACAGCACUGGUGACGGAGGACAAGGAGCCCUGUCGUCGAUGAACACCGACGAAGUGUCACGGAUGUUCAUGCCAAGGAAACACGUUCAACGGUCGAAUUCCUCUUCCUCACUUGGGUCAACUGCCUCCACCAACACUGUGACCAGCAACAAUUCACAAGAUAUCCAUGCUGGACAGGUAUUCAACAGUGAAUCCGGUACCUGGUCAUCGAAACCAAAGUCUACCCGCAAAGUCUGGCCAAACUCCAAAGCCGAACCAGUCUCGGGAGUUUCAACUGCACGAUCUCAAGCGGGUCCUGCAUUCUCGUCAGGGCCAACUGCCUCAUCCACAAUAAUGGGGUCCGACAGCAGCCUAACGGACAAUCUGCGGACCCCCCCGGCUAUAUUGGCCCUUACUCCAAUGAACCAAACCUUUGAGAAGAAACAGAUAAAUGUGCCCUUUUACCCUGAAGUUCUACGGAUCGGCCGCCAGACGAAUGCGAAAACAGUUCCUACCCCAUUGAAUGGCUUCUUUGAUUCAAAGGUACUGUCUAGGCAGCACGCUGAAAUCUGGGCCGAGAAGGCUGGCAAAAUUUGGAUUCGCGACGUUAAGUCAUCAAAUGGAACUUUCGUCAACGGACAUCGGUUGUCACCUGAGAAUAGAGAGUCGGAUCCCCACGAAUUACGGGAAAACGAUACGCUUGAGCUAGGAAUCGAUAUUGUCAGCGAGGAUCAAAACACCAUUGUCCACCACAAGGUCUCUGCUAAAGUUGAGCACGCCGGUCUCUAUGGAUCAACCCCUAACAUCCUUGACCUAAAUUUCGGAGACUUGGAUCCUGCAUCUGGGGGUGGACUUCUACCUUCACCCCUCAGCCAACCGCUUUCGCACAUGCGCGGACGAUCUGGUAGCAACAUGAGCAAUCGUUCUGCCCAGAGUGCUGCCAGCAAUCAGCUCAACGUUAUGCACCAACAACGUCAAAUGAACUACUGGAACUCCCCCAUAUCCGUUGAACAGGUGGUCAAAAGACUCACGAACGAGUUGAAGCAAGCCAAGCAGCAAUCUCAAGAUCUUCGUCAAACCGAUGAUUUUUUGACAGCGAUCAGACAGCCAGGUUAUGCCGAGAAGGAAAGAGUGAACAAGCCGUCGCCUCUCGAAGGCAACCCCUCCCGUCAACUUAACGGACGCCCCAAAAUGCCUCGCGUCGAUUCUUUCUCCAGAUUCUCAGACCCACCCGCACCUCCGCCUCAACAACCUCUCCCCGAAAAGCCAGAUGCUCCCCCACGUAGUGGAUCGGAGUCGUUCUCGCCCCUGAAGCGCAGUGAUACGGAUAAACCCAAGUCAAUGUCCACGAGCUCCCCUGUUUCUCGCGAAUCGAGUCAGAUCUUGUCUCUUAUUGAGGCAUUGUCAAUUGCCAAACGCGAAAUUGAUACCCAGGGAACUCGUAUCAAGGAGCUCGAAGAUCUCCUUCGCGAGGAGAAAACUGCGCGUGAAUCUGCUGAAGACAAGGCCAAGAAUCUGGACACUCCUAAUCCGGCAGAGGAAGAAGAAAUUAAAACCGAGAAGGCCCACCAGGAAGCUCUGGAGGAAGAACUCCCCGUCAAACAAGAACAAGACGGUGUGAAGCCCACCGGAGAACCCAACGGUAUCAACCUGCCUUCAGAGGUUCUCUCGCUUCCCGAGGAUAAAGAGGCAGAAUCUUCCGCGAAAGCACACGCCGAGCAAUUGCAGCGUCGUCUUGAUACUAUGGCCGGAGAGAUGGAAGAGAUGCGAAAACAAAUGGCGUCUUUCAGGGAGCGUGCCGAAACCGCUGAGGAUGAGACAGUACAGUCGAGAAAGUCUUUGGCAGAGAUGAUCGAAACUUUCCGCCAAGAACGUACAGAAAAGUCUGCAGCCACAGCCACUGAAUCCAAGACAGAUGGAUCCAAUGAUGAUCUGGCGAAGACCGUUUCUGACCAUUCAAUUUUAACCGAGAAUGGCGUUGCCAAAAUUGGCGCCCCGGCACAGAACUUUGACCCCGGAUCUGCAAAGAGCAAAGAGGAGGAUUCUACUUCAAACAUUACGACUUCCUUGCAACGGCGUCAAUACCUCGAGGAAGCAAGUCCCUACGCUUCCAUAUUCGGAGUGGUACUUCUUGGGGUCGGAUUAAUGGCCUAUCUCAACGGGUGGCAAAAGUUGGACAAAUAA